AUGUCAGAUGCAGAGGAAAACCCGCUAGAAGAAACAGAAGAAUAUGGAGAAAUAGAAAUGCAAGAAGAAGAUGAUGAAGAAGAAGAAUAUCCAAAUUUUGAAGGGCUAGAAAAUAUGCAACAGGAAUUAAAAGAAGUUAACACAUUAGCAUGGAUAGAGUCUCCAGAGGAGGGGGAGGAGGAGCAGGGAGAAGAAGAAGGGAGGGAAGAAGAGGAAGAGGAGGACAGGAAAGGGAAGGAGGAGGGAGAGGAAGGAGGGGAAGGGGAGGAGAGAGUGGAGGAGCAUGAGGAGGAAGAGGCAGGGAAGGGAGAGGAAGUGGAGGCCUCAGGAGCACAGGAAGAAAGCACAGUGGAGCCCGAAGAAAUCACCACGUCCAUGAUCAGCUUGGAGAGAUUUAUGCAGACUGAUUCCCAGACAGUCUUGUCAGAAACAUCCCUAGUAAGUAGGAAUUGUCAUUCUGGUAGCGAGUCAAAGCAUUCAUUACAAUCAGAGCUUUUAGAAACGUUUGAGCUUCCAAGAAGCCCUGGCUCACAAUUAGAGUUUCUGGAUUUGGAUGUAACCACUUCUGGGGAACCACUGAUUAGUUUCCCGGAAAGGCAGCCUUCAGGCGAGCUUGACCAGAGGCCCCAAGACGAACUGGAAGAAGAAGAAGGGAGAGACUUGGAACCAGAAAGGGGAGACUUGGAGCAGGAAAAGAGGGAAAGGAGAAAAGAAAAGAGGGUAUCAUAUAUCAGCGAGAAAAGUGAAAAAGAAUCACAGCCCAAAGCAAGGAUCACCAAGGCAUCACUGGUCUCCACCGCCACUGAGGACGUUUUGUUCCAAAGCAGGGAGAGUGCCAACACGUACCCCUUGACUAUGACCUGGUCAUUCGGGUGGAACAGUACCCUUCCUGUUUACUACAUUCGAGAAAACCAGAGAGUCCUUCUCUACGCCAGUGGUCACACUGGGGUCAUCUACAACGUCCUCAAGAACAACCAGCACCAUCUUCAGGGCCACCCCAACAUCAUUUCCUGCCUCUGCAUCAGCGAAGACAGGCGCUGGGUCGCCACGGCCGACAAAGGGCCCGACUGCCUGAUCAUCAUAUGGGACUCUUUCACAGGCAUUCCUGUGCACACGAUAUUCGACAGCUGCCCAGAAGACAAUGGCAUUAGGGCCAUGGCCAUCACCCGCGACGCUAAGUAUCUGGCAACCAUCUCAGAUGCCGAAAUCCAGAAAGUUUGCAUCUGGAAGUGGACGUUAGCGGCAGAAACGCCAGCGUGCACUCUUGACCUCCCCAAGGAGUAUGGUUUUCAGAACUACCUAAUUUUUAAUCCAACAAAUAAUAAAGAAUUGGUGAGCAAUAGUAAAACACAAGCAAUAUAUUAUACGUGGUAUCCAGAGGGAGGCAUACUUGCUCACAGUGCCCCAGUUUUAACAGAAAAAACAUUCAACAAGCUCGUGGGAAAAUUUAGCCAGUCUGUCUUUCAUUUGAAUUUAACCCAAAUACUGUCCGCAACGAUGGAAGGGAAGCUGGUUGUCUGGGACAUUUACCGCCCACCGCCAUCUGCCUCCUCCUCCAUGGGCUUUCCCCAUAUCAAACCUUGCAAACUGGUUCAUUUGCAGAAGGAGGGUAUCACUGUGCUCACUACAGUUGACAGCUAUAUUGUCACAGGUGACAUUCGGGGCAACAUCAAGUUCUAUGAUCACACCCUCUCCAUUGUGAACUGGUACAGCCACUUCAAACUCAGCUGCAUAAGAUCCCUGUCCUUUUCAAAGACCCCCGCAGCCCCUCCGGCCGAAAAUACAAACUAUCCUCCAGACUGCACUCUAAAAAGUGACCAUUUUGUUGUAAGGAAUUUUAUCAUCGGAACAUCAGAUGCGUCAGUGUACCACUUGACAGUAGAUGGGACUAAACUUGAGAAGCUAUUUGUCGAGCCCAGGGAUGCCAUUUGUGCCAUCUCCUGCCACCCAUACCAGCCCCUCAUCGCCAUCGGAAGUUUCUGCGGGAUAAUCAAAGUGUGGGAUUAUGAACAGAAAAAAUACCUGUUCAGCAGGGUCUUUGAGAAGGGGCUUGGAGUUCAGAGUCUGACCUACAACCCUGAAGGAGCUCUGCUUGGAGCUGGCUUCACAGAGGGGACUGUUUACAUUUUUGAUGCAAUGUCCUUAGAAAGUGCAAUCUCAGAGCCUUUCAGAUAUUCCAGAAGCAGCGUGACUCACAUCAGCUUCUCCCAUGACUCCCAGUACAUGGCGACGGCUGAUGUCAGUUUCACUGUGGCUGUUUAUGUGGUGAGAGUCAAACAUGGACAAAGGGUCUGGGAAUACUUGGCAAGGCUUCGCUCUCACCGCAAGAGCAUUCGAAGCGUCCUGUUCGGGGUUCAUCUGGACAGCAACGAGCCCCGACUGCUGAGCCUCGGCAGAGACAGACUCCUGAUUGAGUAUAACCUACUCAAGAGCUACAAAGACCACCUGGCAGUCCUGGACAUUCACCGAACCGACCAGGGCAGCUAUCCCACCUGUAUGGUCUGGUAUCCGCCACUCACCAAGGAGCUCUUCCUGCUCAUUUGCAACAGUGGCUACAAAGUGAAGCUUUUUAAUUCUACCACAAAAAUGUGCAGGAAGACACUCCUCGGGCCGGUUUAUGGAUCUCCCAUUGAGCAGAUACAAAUCCUCCCAGUGAAAUCCACUCUGGAACUGCAGAAGCGCUAUAUGGUGUUUAUUAACAGAGACAAGGUUGGACUUCAGAUCUUACCAGUUGAUGGCAAUCCACAUAAGACCUCUGCCCUCAUAUGCCACCCGAAUGGGGUGGCCAGCAUGGCCCUUUCCUAUGACGGCUGCUAUGCCUUCACAGCAGGAGGGCAGGAUCGGUCAGUGGUGCAGUGGGAAAUCAACUUAAGUGCCCUGGAGGCAGCGGUUUCUCUCGGGGGCGAAGACCUGACCCCGUUCUACGGUCUGGUGUCUGGUGGCAGGGAAGGAAAAUUCUACAGGGAGCUGGAAGACUAUUUUUACUAUUCUCAGCUCCGUAGUCAAGGUAUCGAUACAAUGGAGACCAGAAAGGUGUCGGAACACAUCUGCCUGUCGGAGCUUCCUUUUGUCAUGAGAGCAAUUGGCUUUUACCCAUCGGAAGGAGAGAUUGAAGAUAUGUUUAACGAAAUCAGAUUUAGUGAGUAUGUGGACACUGGAAAGCUCAUCGACAAAAUCAACUUACCAGAUUUCUUCAAAGUCUACCUCAAUCAUAGGCCACCUUUCGGUAACACCAUGAGCGGCAUCCAGCAGAGCUUUGACAUUCUUGGUUUCACCAAUUCGAAGGGAGAGAAGGCUAUUCAAAGAGAGGAUUUUCUGAAUCUGCUUCAAACUAAAGGUGAGCACAUGACGGAAGAGGAGAUGACGGACUGCUUUGCCACACUGUUUGGACUGAAUCCCGAGGGCUGGAAAUCCGAGCCUGCAGCCUCCUCUGUCAAAGGUUCCGAAAUUUGCUUAGAAGAAGAACUUCCAGACGAAAUCACUGCAGAAAUAUUCACGACUGAAAUUCUUGGCUUAACCGUUUCCCAAGAUUCUAGACAAGAUCCUAGGAUCAUUGAAGCCGAGCAGAGUUUCUGA